GGUCGUCUUCAACCGUCACAUCCUCCUACUCCUAGUACUACGGAGUAUUUUUUUUGUGACAAACACAUUCUCCUAGUAUGAUUUUCAAUGAAAAACCUGUUUUUUUGAUUCAUUCCUUACUCAUUCGUUCAAUAAUCACUCGGUAAUUCUAAUUGGGUUUCACCCAAUCUCCAAGAAAAUGUAUAUCCAAAUACCCCCAGUCUCAAGAUACAGCCUGGGCCCAUCAAACUCCAACCUUGUUCCGUUUCCAAUUUCGAGAUCCGGGUUAUCGAUUUCGAUCAAAAGGGUGUGCAAAUCCGUGACCAGUGGGAGAAGACAUGGUGGUUUUGUUGGCAUCAGGUGUCAAGGAAAAGAUGAUGGGUUUUACAUGAGGAGGUGUGUGGAGAUUGCUAGGAAGGGUAUUGGGUGUACCAGUCCUAAUCCAAUGGUGGGGUGUGUUGUUGUCAAGGAUGGGAAAAUUGUUGGUGAAGGGUUUCACCCCAAAGCUGGGCAGCCCCAUGCUGAGGUUUUUGCUCUGAGAGAUGCUGGGGAUUUGGCUGAGAAUUCAACAGCUUAUGUGAGCUUGGAACCAUGCAACCACUAUGGAAGAACUCCACCCUGUACGGAAGCACUAAUUAACAGAAAUCCUAUUGCCAAAGUCAAAAAGGUGGUGGUGGGGAUGGUGGAGCCAAACCCAAUUGUGGCUUCAAGGGGUGUGGACAGACUUCGUGAUGCAGGAAUCGAUGUGACAGUGGGUGUUGAGGAAGAAUUGUGCAAGAAACUGAUUGAGGCCUUUACACAUCUAAUGCUAACGGGGAAGCCCUUUGUUACUCUAAGAUACUCCCUCUCCAUUGAUGGCCACUUCUCAGACCAGCUUGGAGAAGAAGUCACAAAGCCGGGUGGAUACUACUCGCAGUUGUUACAAGAAUAUGAUGCAAUUAUACGCUCCUCCACCUUAUUAAGAGAGAAUUUUUCACUCCCAGUAUCCGAAGAACCUGGAGCUAAUCAACCUCUUCAGAUAAUAUUAGCAAGAAACCCUAGCUCCCCAAUUCAAGUCCCUAUAAUGACUACAGAAGCGAGUUCUAAGGUGGUGAUCUUCACGGACAAAGAGACAACUGUGGAACCAGAAACAGCUCAAAAGGGUAUUGAAACUGUUGUUUUGGAUGGAAUGAAUUUGCUAAAAAUUCUGGAAUAUUGCAAACAACACGGGUUGUGCAGUGUUUUGCUGGAUAUAAGGGGCAAUAUUGGAGAUUUUGAAGAGAUGCUCAGGGAAGGUUUUGAGGGGAAUCUGUUGCAGAAGGUUGUGGUGGAAAUGCUGCCAAUUUGGAAAGGAAGCAAAGAAGAGAGGUUUCCUGUUGCCUUCACUAGUCUGGGGCAAAGACUAAGGCUGAGAAAUUUAUCACCAAAAAACUCAUGCCGAAGUGUUUUGUUGGAGGGAUAUUUUUGAUUGCGAUGAUUGGACCGAUGGAUAAGAGUACAAAAGACCGCAGAACUUAAUGGGGUUUGAUCUGAAUAAUUCUUUCAGUGCUACUAGGAAUCCUGUCACCCACGAUGUGGAAGAGAAGGGACGACGGCUCAAAGAUACACAAGAAAGCCCCGUUGAGAACCAAAAUCCUUCAACCCUAUUGCCGUGUGUCAAUAACUCAAGUAAGCCUUUGUAGUGUAAGAGGACAUACAAAUCUUGAUUUGCCAUUUUCUGAAUGAAAUGUGUGGUGACAUGUUGCAAAGCCGUCUCUUGGCAAUGUUGGUUUCACUUUUUAGUUGGUA